AUUUUUUAUGACCUCAUAAAGUCAACAAUCUCCGACCCUCCCUCCCUUCCCUCAUCCUUCCUAUUCCCUCUCCGCCUCUUCCUUAUAUUUAUCACUUCCUUAGCAAACACCAACCUGUCUGAUCUAUCUUCCUUAAACAAAUCCUUCGAAAACUCGAGAGCAAGUAUAGAAAGAAAACAUGUUAAAACUAGAAGUUGCAAUACCUGCGCCGGGCAUGGAUUUCGACUUCAACGAGGCUCGACCUUUGCCAUUCUUGAGUGCUCCAUCUACACCGAAACGGUUUGGGGAUUACACCUUGAGCGCCCCAACAAGUCCUUCACGAGCUGCCGAUUUUUAUAGUUAUUUCGACAGCUUGAUUGAUAGCAAUGAAGAAGGAACUGGGGUUCCUUUUCAUUGGGAAGACAGGCCUGGCACACCUAAAUCACCACGGGCAAACUUCAACACUAAUGGUGAAGAUGAUUUUGCUUUUGAUUUCAGUGCCGAAUUAGAAAACAAGUCACUCUCAGCAGAUGAACUUUUUGAUGGAGGCAAAAUCCGGCCCCUGAAGCUUCCUCCUAGAUUACAAGUCGAUGAUUCGACCCAGAGAAGCCCACUCUCCUCACCAAGAUCUCCAAUACAUAAAGGGAAAAAGAUGAUACGUGAAGCUUUUUCGCCGAGAAAAAAGAAAGAUUCAGAUCCAUUUGCAACUGCAGUUGAAAACACUCGCAAGAGAACAGAUAAAAAUGAAAGAGGGAGGGAGAGGGAGAGAGGUUCAGGGUUAACAUCCAGUUCAAGCCGCAGAGCAUCAAGAUCUCUGUCUCCAUAUAGAGUAUCUGAAUAUCCAUGGGAACAAGAUAAACAGCUACAGAAAUUCACCAACCAAUCAGCACCCAAUCCAAAAGCUUCAGUACCAUCUAAUUCUUCUUCUUCAAAGAGUUCUUCAAAGAAGUGGAGGCUGAGAGAUUUUUUCUUAUUUAGAAGUGCAUCUGAAGGACAUGCGCAUGAUAAGGAUUAUCUCAGAAAGUACUCAGGUUCAUUCAAAAAACAUGAAGAUGGCAAAGAUCCGAGUUUCCGGUCCACAGACAGUUCAGGUUCGGUGUCUUCAAAGAGGAAAGUACCAGUGUCAGCACAUGAGUUACAUUACACAGUGAAUAAAGCUGUAUCGGAGAAUAUGAAGAAGAAAACUUUCUUGCCCUACAAACAAGGCAUUUUUGGGAGAUUGGCUUUCAAUCCAGCUGCUCAUGCUCUUGCCAAUGGCUUUGGAACUCUUACGCGUUAAUCAAAACUUAUUUCUUCACCAGGAGUGCAAUAUUCCCUUUUUGUCAAUAAACUAAAUUGUUCCUAAAAGAGUAGGAUUUUCACAAGGAAAGUUCCUGCUGAAUUCUGAUCUUUCUUUCGUUGAUAUCUUCUUAGUUCUUACUGCUAUACAUCAAUUCUUUGUUUUUCUUUCAAUCUAUUUCAAUUGUAAAAGCAUGGUAAAUAUUGGAACCAUAGAGAAUCGAAAUCUCAUAUCUCUUA